AUAUCAAUUGUUUUCUCAAUUAUGGUAAUACUAAAAUAUUAAAAUAAUGGCUCUGUCUCGUUCUUUUAUUUCCGCCAUUGCUUGAGAAAGUCUGAGAAUUAUGGGUAAGCCCCGAGGACUGCGCACUGCUAGGAAACAUGUUAAUCAUCGCCGUGAUCAACGUUGGGCUGAUAAAGAUUAUAAAAAAGCUCAUUUAGGUACCAGAUGGAAGGCUAAUCCCUUUGGUGGUGCAUCUCACGCCAAAGGUAUUGUAUUGGAAAAAGUCGGUGUCGAAGCCAAGCAGCCUAACUCAGCCAUUCGGAAGUGCGUAAGAGUUCAACUUAUUAAGAAUGGCAAAAAAAUUACCGCUUUUGUACCACGUGAUGGUAGCUUAAAUUACAUUGAAGAAAACGAUGAAGUCCUAGUUGCCGGUUUUGGUCGUAAAGGUCAUGCCGUCGGUGAUAUUCCCGGUGUACGUUUUAAAGUUGUUAAAGUAGCCAAUGUCUCACUGUUGGCUUUAUAUAAAGAAAAAAAAGAACGUCCCAGAUCAUAAACAUUAAAGACAUGUGAAAAAAAAACUAGAA